GCUUGACACUAUUGUUCGCUACCUUACCAGGUUUUCCCUUCGACGCUUUGGCAGCCGCCUUGGCGGCCUUUUUCGCCUCGCGCUCCGCUUUGAUCUCCUCCCUCGUCUUUUGCGGAAAAUUCAUUUUUGUCUUCACGUGGCCGUUGCGAGAGAAAAAGGGUUAUAUUCAUCUGUAUAUUGUUGCGCAAAAAAAAAAAACGUGUAUGUACCAAACUUUCUUCUUCGGAGAAACUUGAAGGUUAAUUUCAGCGCCGCCCUCUCGAACUCAAGAGCAAACUAACAUCGGUCGUUUAAGACGUGUUAGAACCCGAUAAUUAUCUCUCUGAUUAUAAUAAAACCCGUUUGUAAUUAUUAUUCAGCAGUCAGCUCGACGUCAAGAUUCCUUGAAAAGUUAUUACACGUCUUCGAUCCGGGAUUCGGAGCAUAUGUUGCGAUUUACAAAGUGUCAUGCAACUCGACUAACCUUUUAUUUUUCUCGUUGUAUUCUCGAACGAGAAAGAUUUCGAGAGAGUCCCUUCUUUCAAUUAUUACCUCCGAUAAUUAAAAUCGAAGAGAGAUGAAUGAGGAAUGUAAUUUUAUAUUUUAUCAUUUUAUUGACACAUAACCUUUCUGUACUUGCUUUGACGUUUCGUUGACGUUUCGGCGGGAAUCUCGAAAUAUUCAUGCUUUUCCAAUCGGAUCAGCUUAAAAAUGCGGCGAAAUAUUCUGACGAGCAGCCUGGAGAAUGCCUCUUUCAGCAUUAUAUUUCAGAUAUUCUGUCGCUGUGUCACGUUUUUCUUGAAUGCCUUUGUCGUCCGGCAUGUAGGUCAAGCUGUCUUAGGUGUUAUUAACGUGAGACUGUUGUUGCUGGAAUCUAUGAUACUGUUUCUAUCACGAGAACCAUUCAUGAAAGCAUGUCUGACUAAUACAGCAGAGCAUAAUUGGGCUCAAGUUGUGAAUUUACUCUGGCUGACAGUACCCAUAUGUUGUGUGAUGUCUUUCCUAUUUGGAUACAUUUGGUUAUUCUUGCUCUCUACUACAGAAGCAUUACCACCAUAUUAUACGUUUGCAGUUUGGGCAGUUGGACUAUCGUGCAUCAUAGAAUUGUCUUCCUUAAUUGUUCAAUUAGUUGCAAACGCAUUUCUGUUUGUUAGACUUAAAAUAAUUCUGGACACGAUUAUGAUUGCUAUUCGUACUAUGACAUUUGUCCCAUUAAUAUUAUAUCAUCCAGAGAAUGCAUUAUUUGCAUUUGGCACAGCUCAAUUGAUUGCAGCAAUAUUUUAUACAACUAGUCACUAUGUGUACUUUCACUAUCAUAUUGCAAAGUUGAAUAAAUGUACACAGAAACGAAGAAUGUCUUUGAGAGAUAGUAAUGAUGAGAGUUUUGUGGUAAGAGAGUUUCCCUUUUGCACUGUGAGGGACUUUUUACCUGGUCAGUUGGUGAAUAACGACUCGUAUCUUGAUAAAAAAUUAACUAUUCUUACAUGGAGCUUCUUCAGGCAAGGAAUACUAAAGCAAAUUCUAACGGAAGGCGAAAGAUUGAUUAUGACUAUAAUGCCAGUAUUAACAUUCACAGAACAGGGUACUUAUGAGAUUGUAAAUAAUUUGGGCUCAUUAGCUGCUAGAUUUAUUUUCCGUCCAAUCGAGGAAAGUGGAUAUUUUUAUUUUACACAGAUAGUAAAGAGAGACAAACCGAUAUCUGAGCAAAAUGCAGCGGAUGUACAAGAGAGUGUGAAUGUGUUGACACAUUUGUGUUCCAUUGUCACAUCUAUUGGUCUGAUUGUUCUAGUAUUCGGUCAGUCCUAUUCAAGCACAUUACUCUGGUUGUACGGUGGCUCGAAACUGACCUUACCUUUACCCGUCCUUCUGCUAAGAGCGCACUGUCUUGCCGUAUUACUGUUGGGAAUUAAUGGUGUGACAGAAUGUUACACUAAUGCAACAGCUGACAGUGUGACUAUAAAUAAGAGCAAUGUAAUUAUGGUCUACGAAUCUAUCGCGUUUCUUGGCGCAUCGUAUCUGUUCGCCAUGUGGUUUGGUCCAGUUGGUUUUAUUUUCGGCAACUGCGUAAAUAUGAGCCUAAGAAUCAUACAUUCGGCGACGUUCAUCAAUAGAAGACAUCGAGACACGAUAUAUCAUCCUCUACGCGGAUUAGUACCGAGGCCUAUGUUCUCCGCGUCUCUACUAGUUGCAGCAUUCAUUACUAAUUUAUCACACGCUUACUUCUUCCCAGCUGAAAAAAUAUUGCAUCUAUUCAUUGGAAUAAUAAUGUUCCUAAUUGUAUUUGCAUCGUGGCUAUACGAAAAUCACGAAUUGCUCAGGCUUGCUAUAAACAAAUGGUACAAAAGAAGAAGCAAACAGGGAAAGAGCGAUUAAAAAUUUUUAAGCUAAUUGUAAAUUAAAUAAAUGAUUUUAUUUAUGAUUUACGUGUAUAGGACACCAAUGAUACACAAACUCUGUGUUGUAAUGCAAUAGACUCAUUACAUUACAUAGGAGCUUAUUAUAAAUGUUGAAAAAGUAUAAUAUACAAAUAUUUAUUUUCUAUAUAAUUU